AGGCUUCGUAUCAUAGAUAUAGGUCAAACUCCUGAGUAUAUGAUAAAGCCCCCGAAGGAAGGCUUGGUUGAGAAGUAUUUCCAUCCAGAUAAAAUGCAUGUCUUCUGCAGAAAAGCUGAAAAUUGAGCUUGGCAAAGUUAGAGAUGAAUUUAAAAUGUCAGAGUCAAAUUGUGGUUCUGCACGAGUUCAAGUGGCACAACUCACAACUAAGAUCAAACAUAUGUCUUCAGUUUUACACAAAAAGGAUAAGCAUUCACUUAAGGGUCUUCAAGCAAUGGUGCAGAGGAGAAAGAAGCUAUUAAAGUAUCUUCGAAGAACUGACUGGGACUCUUACUGCCUUGUUCUCUCCAAACUUGGUCUCUGGGACACACCAGAUGUCAAACAAGAGUACAAGAAACAUUACAAGAAUUAAAGCAUUUGAUUUUC